AUGUCAGGAAGUAAAGCAAACCUGAAUACGAUUUUAGAUCAAAGUUAUCGAGAAUGUCAUGAUAUCAUCUUGAAUUCUUUAAAAAAUGAUUUGCAAACGUUAUAUUCAUGCAUCCGCGUGAGUAGAUCAUUUUGCCGAACCUUCAUUCCGAUUCUUUGGAUGAAUCCUUUUAAAUUCGUCAAAGAUGAAGAUAGGUUGGUUCAAAUAUUUAACACCCUAAUUCAUUGUCUUGAUCAAACCUGGUUGGUCAGGCAAUCGAUUGAAAUAGAACAACUUCUCACACCCAAGGCGUAUUUUAAGUAUCACACCUUUAUCAAAGAGUUUGAAUUGAAUACUUUGCAAAAAGCAAUGAGGAUUUGGAUUUCAAUUCAUUUAUCAAAUAGGAAUGAUCUAUUUCGAAUGUCAAGUGAAAGAAGUAGGGUUAGUAAGUUGGUAUUUAUGAUUAACAAGUGUAUUGGUGAUUUAUUUUUUAAUAAGGGGGGUCAAUAUGACUCCCUGAACCUAUUUUACAAUGAUUUUUUAAGUGCCAUACUUGAUAUUAGCGAGUUUAAGAAUCAUAAGGAAAGUUUGGCCAAUGUAAAGAAAUUAUCAUUGGGAUUGUUCAAUAGCAACGGUAUGGAAUUAAUCACGCCCAUCGCAGAAAAUUUUUUAAAACUUCAAACCGCUUUUUCACCAAACAUCCAACACUUGCAAAUUCUUAGUAUUAAUAAUUCGAUAAGACCAAAUGAAUUUUCUAGAAAUUUGAUUGAUUUCAUUCAUACUCAACGUCACCUGAAAUCAUUAUUAAUUCAUGACUUUUGGAAAGAUGAAUUUGAACCUUUCCUUAAAGCCCUACGAAAACAUGCAAAAUCCUUAACUUUUUUUAAAUUAGAAUGUCCAAUUUUGUUCACGACACAUCUAUCGUCCAUGUUAAGAUCUUUACCAAAUCUAAUUACCCUCGAACUAAAGUUUACUCCCAUUCCAGAUGGAGAUGCUUCACGAGAAAUUUCAGCGGCUUCUUUUAGUAACCUAGAACAUCUCAAUUAUGAUUGUUGUCUCUCAUAUCAUUCAACAAAUCACAUUACACUCUUUAAAAAGAUCCUUUUGUCGGCAAACCAUUUGAAAUCCCUCAGGGUUGAUGACACUUAUUGCCUUUUUAUCAAAGAAAUUCAGGGACAAUGUUUUUUGAAUUUAACUCAUUUUCAUUUAAUUCUGCACCGUAGUUGUGCCAUCAUGGAUUCAAUGUCGUUGGUGGAUUUAAUGGAGUUAUUAAGGAACUUGCAUCAACUGAUUCAUCUGAAAUUAAAUACCGUUUUAAAUCGGUAUCGUUUAUUAAAUCGAAUCGAGUCAUUUAAAAGAUUCUCUCAAGUACUUGCUUGCUCUCUAAAAAUUCUCGAAGUUAAUUUUCCCGUCUCUGAUGAGUACUUGGAAGUUCUGUUCAAUGAAUCCAAAUUUAACCUUCAUUGCAUUAAGUUGUAUUGUUAUGAACGGACUCAAGAUAUUUCAUUAAGAGUAUUUAUCGAUUAUGCAAAAAGAAACGAGAGAUUUAAAGAACUCGGUAUCACUAAAGAAUUCAAGUUUUCAAAAGAGCUCAUUGAAGAGGCACGAAAUCGCUUUAACAUUUUGAUACACACCAAUAGUGAAAUCAAUAGUCCAUUUUAUGAUGUACCAAUUAAAGAUUCCUAUUGGUGUAACAGAAGAUAG